AUGGAGAAGCUAACAAAGUUUAGAGAUGAUAUCAAAGAGAAUGUGGAACGAUAUGAGAAAAAAAGCUAUAAAGCAAAACCAGAUGUUAUCUGGUGGAUCGAAGAUGUUCACAAGCUGGAGAAUGAAUGGGAAACUAUGCAAGAAAACAUUGCAGCGGCAAAGAAGCUUACAUAUAAGUGUUGUCCAAAGUGCAUUCUUGGCUCGGAAGUCUCCACUCAAGCACGGAUUGUGCAAGAUCAACUUUUCAGGCUUAUAGAGGUCAGAAAAAACUUUGGAUCCAACUUGGUGGUAGAAAAUUACCAGAUGAAAGAAGUUGAGUUCAUGCCGGGAUCAUUGAUAGAAGGCCAGUCAGCAGCAACAAAAAAUCUCCACAAAAUCCUACAACUAUUAGAAGAUGAUAAGGUAUGCAUCAUCGGUGUGUGGGGUACAGGAGGUGUUGGGAAAACAACAUUGGUGAAUAAUCUGAACAAUGAGCUCUUAAAGAAUGAUGUAUCAAGUUUUAAACUGUCUUUUGGUAUUGUGUUAUGGGUUACAGUGCCCAAACCGCCAAUAGACAUAAGAAAGGUUCAAACACAAAUUGCCAGCAAAUUAAACCUAAAGAUAGACAGCGAGGGAAAUGUUAAAAGUAUUGCCAGCAAAAUCUAUCGAAGACUCGAACAAGAAAAGAGUUUCCUUCUCAUACUAGAUGAUGUGUGGGAACCUAUAAAUUUAGAUGAUGUAGGUGUGCCUCAACUGGAAGAUCCCGCAAGAAGCAAGGUCAUUAUAACUUCUCGUUCUUUGGAUGCUUGUAAGCAGAUGAAAAUAGACACCGAAAUGAAGGUGUACACAUUGGAUGAGGAUGAAUCUUGGAAACUGUUUAUCAAAAAUGCAGGAGACAAUGCCAAUCUAGAGCAUAUUCAACCAUUGGCAAAGGAAAUUGCAAGAGAGUGUGAUGGUUUACCUUUAGCAGUCACUGUUAUUGGAGCAUCUAUGAGAGGGAAAACAAGGGUCGAGCUCUGGGAGGAUGCUUUGAAAUCACUUAGAAUGUCUGAACCUCAUAACAAAGAUGUAAAAGAUAAGGUUUACAAGGUCAUCAAGUGGAGUUUUGAUUCUUUAGAAUCUCAGGAUAUUGAAUUGUCCUCAGAGCAAAGAAGCAAUCAUGUGAAGAAAAAGAGAGGUGACAUUCAAAGUUGUUUCUUGUAUUGCUCCUUAUAUCCCGUGUCCAUUUCAACAGAUGAACUCAUAAGUUGCUGGUGGGCAGAGGAAUUCCUUGGCGAACAUGACACAUACGAAGAAGUCUACAAUAGGGGAAUCACAAUGAUUGAGAGUCUAAAGGAUGCCUGCUUGCUAGAAACCCAUAAUUUGGAUUCUGUGAAGAUGCACGACUUGGUUCGUGAUGUUGCUAUAUGGAUAGCUAAAUCCUUUGGGGUUGAACACAAUUCUGUUUUUCAAGAUGGAAUUGGGAUAUCAUCUUCUGUCAAGAGAAUAUCUUUCGUAAGCAACAAAAUUCAACGUCUACCUGAUAACGUCACGGAAUGCCCAGAGACAACAACUUUACUAUUGCAAGAUAACAAUCGCCUUUUGGAAAUUCCUCAUGAAUUCUUUUUGGCAUUUCCAGCCUUAAGAGUUCUGAAUCUGAGUGAAACUGGCAUCACAUCACUGCCUUCUUCCAUCAAUAGUUUAUAUCAACUACAUGCUCUAAUACUAAAAAAUUGCCAUUGGUUGACAGAGUUACCACCUAUUAAUAAUCUUUGCAAUUUGCUAUUGCUCGAUUGUGAUAAUACAAGGUUACAUCAUCUGCCGCAAGGAAUGAACAAGUUGACAAAUCUACGGCUAUUAAAUCUUCCUGCAACUGAUUUGGAGGGCAUCGGACGAGAAUUUUUCCUCAACUUGUCUAGCAUUGAAAUGUUAAAUAUGAUGGAGAGUAAAAUGAUGCACCCUUCCACCAAAUUUGGAGUGACUCUUCUUGGAGUAACUUCUUUCGAUGAGAUAUCAUCUUUACACAAUCUAACUUCGCUUUUUAUUAGAUUGGAUAGCUCGUCAAUUUUCAAUAGAGACCACACCUGGAUGAGUAGAUUGAAAAGAUUUCGCAUUGAAGUUGGAGAAACUCCAUUUCAUGUACCAUUCAACAAGUCAGCAAGGACGAUAUGCAUCUCGGGGAGUGAUAUUUUUCGUUACGGAAAGCUCUCAGGCAUGUUGCAGUUUGCUUCACAUUUGUACUUGCAAAGUUGCUUGGGUCUCAGGAAGUUGUUUGUGUACAACAGUUUCGAUGGAUUAAAAUCACUCUACAUUAGGAGUUGUUCUUGUUCUUUCAAUCCAGCAGAAGAAGGAAGUGGAACAUUUGACCCUUUGCCUAAUCUGGAAUAUCUCAACCUCGAAUUUGUAUAUCGUUUAAAGAGUUUUUCGGAUUUCAGUCAACUUCUCGCGUUGGUGACGCUUUUUCUAUACCCAAGCACUUGGAAGAAAUUACAAUUACCUCUUGUAAACAGCUGGUAG